GAAGACACGUUUGCACAAAAGAGCGAAACGACAAGUGGAUGAUGAGUCCGGUUUUUUCUUAUCUUUCAAUUAGAGCCAAUUCCCGGAAUUGUGCGCACGUCGAUUGAGAAAAUGCAGAAUCGACGAAAAAGUUUCUUAAUAUAUAACAAAGCAAAACAGAUAAGACUGAAAAUUAUUAGAUAAUGCUGUUACAAGAUGAGUCUCAGAGAGAGAGAGAGAGAAGAUAGACACGUGCACGCGUUGUCACGUGAUAAAAGAACCAGCGUGUACAGAUUAGCGAAGAUGAAAGGCGCUAUAGGCGACUUCGAACACUCCUCCGUGUAAUUCACACGGAGAAGAUCGCAGUCGGAAAAACGCGAUUUCACGCGCAACUUGGCUAGACAAUUGUUUUGUUUUGUUUUAUUUUAUUUUAUUUUGUUCUAUUUUAUUUUAUUCGAGAUACCCACUAUAUCUCGCUCCUCAGUACAACGUCGCACUGUUCUAUCUAUCGGAGAAAUUAAAAAAUCUUCUAUCGUGCGCAAUUACACGCGCAACGCAUAAAUAAAUAAGAUAACACGAGCCGAGAGUGUAACGAGCGGCAGCUCGUUCGUUUCGAGUUAGUGAUUUUACUCCGAAAGAGCACGACUUGUAGCCAUUGCAACGACAUGAGCGAUCGUCAUUAAUUAACUUUAAGGAUUAUAAAACAUUUAUUUACGUUGCCGGGCUUGUCGAUAUCCGAGUUUGCUCACCAUCUCUUUCACGUCGUGCGGACCAUGCUGUCACAAGGCUUCACCAGUAGGAUUCUAGUCGUGGAAACGGACAAGUUGUCUAUUUUUGUAGCAAAAAAAGUGUAGUAUACACUGAUGUAAUUGUGUGAUUGUUCUUUCCAACAUUCUGUAUACCGUUUUAAACAAGCCCUUUGUUAAAAAAAAAAAAAAAAACGCAAAAAUGGCGCAACGUACCAGAGACAGUCUUUUGAAAGAAGCUGUGAUCCAGAUCGGUUCUGGAGGAUCAGCGGGUUUUAUUGAGGUCUGUAUAAUGCAUCCGAUGGACCUCGUUAAAACGCGUUUCCAGCUCCAAGUAAAAACUGCGACAUCAGAUCCGUUGUAUUACACAGGUAUUCGUGAUUGUAUGACCAAAAUGUACAGAACUGAAGGACUGACGGCGUUUUGGAAAGGAAUUCUACCUCCGAUAGUUGUCGAGACUCCUAAACGUGCUGUUAAAUUUUUUACGUUCGAACAGUAUAAACAGUUCUUUUUGUUCGGCGCUAGUGCACCUACACCAGUGACAUUCUCGUGCGCUGGCUUCUUCGCCGGUGUCACAGAGGCAAUAUUAGUCAAUCCAUUCGAAAUGGUUAAAGUGAAUCUACAAUCCAAUCGAAAACACGUCAAUGAGAGCCCGUCCACGCUCGCGGUAACAAAAGAAAUCAUUUCGAAGCACGGUUUCGGCUCAAAUGGUCUUAACAAAGGGCUCUCUGCCACUAUAAUGAGAAACGCGGUGUUCAAUUCGUUUUAUUUCGGUUUUUAUCAUUCCGUCAAGGGAUACGUGCCGCCUGCAAAAGAACCUUGGUUGGAAUUUUUAACCAAGGUUGCCAUAGGAUUCGUAUCGGGCACCGUCGCUUCCUGUUUGAACAUACCAUUCGAUGUUGCCAAAAGCCGUAUUCAGGGAUCUCGAGAGGGUUCACAGUACAGAGGAACUCUCAACACCAUGUAUAUUGUUUACAAACAAGAAGGAUUCAAGGCUUUGUACAAGGGAUUGGUGCCAAAAGUGUUGAGAUUGGGUCCAGGUGGUGCCAUUAUGCUAGUAGUGUACGACUACAUGCACGCAUUUCUUAUGACAACAUUGAAAGACUAACUUUUGUACUUGCAUUUUUGAA